UAUAUAUAUAUAUAUCUAUAUGUAUGUGUAUGUGUGACCAUUCCGUAUAUAAUACACGAGUGUAUUAUACGAGAUACAUCUCGGAAUAUACGCGAACGAAGAGAAGUGACAAGACGAGAAAGAGGGAGAGAGAGAAACAAUCGUGUGCUCGGUUACGUUUAAGCAAAUUUCGGCACCUAUCAACGACAACAAUAAUAAUAAUUUAACUUUUUCUCUAAUACCGUUAUUGUUAGUAUACCCUCUCGUAUAAUAUAAGCGAGGAAUCACGUAAAAAAGAAUUCCCUUUCGAGUUAGUGAACUUUAUUCUUGAUUACUCAGCAAAGAACCUAUCGGUGAUCAGUGUGAUAAUAUUUUGAUAGGCAGGAGGAGUGUCUCUCUCCUACCAUUGAAAGGGAGAUAGAGAGAGAGAGAGAGAGAGAGAAAUAGCUACCUGUCUACCUUCUUACCCACCCCCCAUAGUCCUCCCUCUUCUCGCGUUGAGAGGGAGGCGAACGCGUCGAGAAGUUCGUAGUAUCGGCGCGACCGGUGCUGGAGGAGGAUACGGGAGAGGCGAACCGGACACCGGAUCGUGCCGAGAAAGAAACAAAUAAAAAUAAAGAGAAAAAGAGAUAGAGAAGCUGUCUGGUGCUCUCAGUUUGUCGCGGUGUUGUUCCGCUGGUACGUGCCACCGCGCGGUAUUUGUCGUCGUCUUCUUCGUCGUCGUCGUCGUACUGCUAGUGCGCGAACGGAGACAAGUUUUUCCGGGCGGCGUCGAGUUAUCUCGCACUUUAAACAACCUCAUAAACGACGUGGUACGCGCGUGUCGAGACGAAUGAAAAAGGGCAGCGCGCGCGUGUCCCGAGUGAUCGAGACCGCUACUAAUCCAGUGACGUAGACAAGAAGGUACGAUUGAGAGAGAGAGAAAGAGAUAGAGAGAGACAGGAAGAGAGAGAGAGAGAAAGAGAGAGAAAUAUUCGCGAAUAGAGGGGGCUAGUUUAAUUAAAAGGGUUGUCGCGGGACGCGACUCUAGGUUUUCUCGUCGUUACGUCUUUAAACCAACCGAGGAAGGAUCAAGUAGUAUAACCAUAAUAAUUGCGUUGAACGAUACGACCACAGGCGAGGACACGCAGUGCGCCAGUACCGGCGGCGGCGGCACCACCACCACCACUACCACCAACGCCGCUAGCAGUAACACCGAGGAAUCCGUAGACGCUCAGCAAGGAAACCAGCUGCUCCAGAGGAUGACGAUGGACGGCAUGGAGGUGGUGGGCUCGCAACCUCACGCGGCCACCAGCCCUUUUCUCCUGUCUUCGCCGCCUUUAGGACACCACCAUCAUCAUCACCACCACGCGACCUUCAAUCUGCAAACGGUACAGCUAAGUUUCGACGCCUGUUUACCGUACAACGCUUCUUCCUCGACGUCGGCAUCGGUGGGCUGCGGUGUCGGCGCUACUUCGAGCCCCGCCAGCACAGGAUCCUCUUGUACAUCCUUGGCAACAGCCUCAACUAAGACCAUCCCGACCCUCUCGUUAACCUCCUGCGUGCCCCUGCACUCGCAUCAUCAGAACAAUUCGUCCGACUCGUCCGAUCACUCCCACGUCCGGCAUCAUCACAACAAUCACCACCACCACCACCACCAUCAUCAUCGACUCGACGAUCAUCAACAACAUCAUUGUCACGUCGAUACUCCUUGCUCGUCACCGGGCGAUAUCAACGAUGCUACCAAGAGACACCGGCAACCGGAUGACAAUGACAAAGAAUAUACCAGGAACUGCAACGACGAUCUCCAAGAUCCUAACGAGAAGGACAAACCUGGCGACCUGAACACGCCAGUUACCACCAGCAGCGAUCUACCAUCCUUCUUUGGCCCCUCCGCGCUGGUCGAACCGCCACCGAUCUCAGGUAGCCUGGCGGGCGAAGACCUCUCGUUGGAAGAUGCAACAGCGGAGGAAGAGGAGAAUGGUGGUCCAGCCAGUAGGGAUCAUCGUUCACAUCAUCAUCAUCAUCACCAUCAUCAGGAAACGCAGGAUAGCGGGACGACGGGUGCACCCUCCUCCGACAGUCCGUCGCGUCAUCACCAAGCUCAGGAGGAUGCAGAUCGUUGCAACGUUCUUCAAGGUGGCGUUAUACUCUACUCCUCGCCUCAUUCCACGUCGUCCUCGACGACUGCCGCAACAAGCGUAAACAUUUGCAACGUUCCGACCUUAACCUAUCGUGGAGUAUUUGCGACGACCUGCACGCAAUCUCCUCCGUUAAACAGUCUACAAACUCAACAGCAACAGCAGCAACAGCCACAGACAAGCAGCCAAGAACUUUGGGGUCCUCUACCCUCGCCGACAUUGACAUUGACCGGGCAAACUUUCCUUCACCCGACCCUCCAUUCAAGCCCCUACGGCAAUGAAACGGUCGAACUACUGCAGGUCGAAUCGAAGCCACCCCCACCUCCCGGUUACCACGAUACGGCUACUACCACCCCGCAAACGUGGUUGGGACACGAGGUUGACGGGACCUACGACCCUGGCCUUCUCUCCCACCAUCACCCUCAUCAUCAUCAUCAGGAAACUGCGCUGAAACAGGAGCCAACGGGCACGAGCGGUUACCCCAGUACUGUCCAACAACCUCAACAGCAACAACAGCAGCAACAACAGCCACCACCACCCCAAGGACCUCAACCACAGCAACAACAACAACAGCAACAACAGCAACAACAACAACAGCAACAACAACAACAACAACCACCAGCGGGUACGACCGGCGUUCAACUCGCAGAAUACAACCCAAGCACGUCGAAAGGCCACGAGAUCCUCUCGCAGGUGUAUCAACAGAGCGCUCUACCACUCAGGCUAGUACCAGUAAAGCCACGAAAGUAUCCGAAUCGACCGAGCAAAACGCCCGUUCACGAGCGCCCCUACGCCUGCCCUGUCGACGGCUGUGACCGUAGAUUCUCACGAAGCGACGAACUAACGCGACACAUUCGCAUACACACGGGACAAAAACCCUUCCAAUGUCGUAUCUGCAUGCGCUCCUUUUCGAGGAGCGACCAUUUAACCACCCACGUUCGCACGCAUACAGGCGAGAAACCGUUUUGCUGCGACCAGUGCGGAAGAAAGUUUGCGAGAAGUGACGAGAAGAAGAGGCACGCUAAGGUGCACCUCAAACAAAGACUCAAACGGGAAGCUACGGGUCAUCCUAGAACACAUUCGCAAGCACACUCUUCGCCAACGUGCAAUCAGUAACGAGCUGAUCAAAAUUUCCUUUCUUUCUGUAUUCGGCGAUGUUGGUGCCGAUGUUGGCGCCGAUGUUGGCGCCGAUGUUGGCGCCGAUCAGCCUCCAUCCUUCCGAUCCGUCUGACUCUUCCCCUCUCCCAAUCACCACCACCACCCACCUCUCCCUCUCUCUUUCUCUUUCUCUCUUUACUCUUCUCUUUCUCCUUCUCUGUUUCUUGCUUUCUCUUUUGGUUUAAUCUUUCGUUCUUUGACUUCCUUUCUCUCUUUCUGAUUUUGGGCGUAUGUCGACGAAGAAAAGACGAAGACCUUCCGACGUUAUAAAAAAAACCGUCACCGACUGAUUCGUCGUUGAUUUUCGUCGACGGAGCGGGCUGUGCUUUUACCUCUUCGAGUAACGCGUUACGAGCGCGAUUCGCGAUAAACAAGUUCUUCUACUAUGUAUGUAUUUUAUCUAUUAUACGUAUUUACCCUCUCUGUAUUAACCCUUCAAAUUAGAAAAAAAAGAAAAAAGAAAAAGAAAAGAAAGGAAAAGAAACUCGUCGCACGAAUGCGCGAAUCGAAUUCAUUUUAAGAGAAGAGAAGCGCCUAUAAGAAAAUAUAAUAUACAGUGAGUCCUUGGAGUAUUCGUACUCCCCCACUGUAUAUUUAAAAUAAAACCUAUAUUUUCUCGUAAUACAAUAUUUCUAAAUUUUUAUGCACAGAAAUAUAUUUUAGGAUUAUUCAACUUUCCAAUUGAUAUAAAUUUCAUUGAAAAAGAGCAUUUUAUUCUUAAGAGAUGUAAAAUUUGGCAGAACUGAUAAGAAAAUUGGUCUCACAAGAUAUGCCAAAUAAGGGCUAACCAAGUACUCUCUACUUAUAAAAAUAAUCAUUGUAUUUUUAUUAUAUCUUGUGUAAAUGUAAAUACUCUUGUGAAACUAAUUUUUGUGAUUAUUUAAUUAAAAUUAUAUUUCUCUGAAAACAAAAUAUUCUUCCGCGAUCAAAUUUAUAUCAAUUUGAAAGUUAAAUAAUCCUAUUUCCGUGUAGAAAAAUUUUGAAGCUUUGUAUUACAAGCAAAUAUUAAUUAUUUUAACUUUACAAUGGGAAUGGGUACGAAUACUCCAGUGAUUCACAGUUUAUGAUAUAAAUGUAUAUUAUAUAAUAAAAUAUAUAUUAUUAAUUGCGGUUUCAAAUCCAAAAUUUCUAUACAGGGUCUUUCGAUGAUAUUACGAUGAUUAUUGCCCUCUUGCCUUUUUUUAAAAUCGGUCCUAGAGUUCUUUGCAUAUAAAUACAUAUACAUAUACAUAUAUAUAUAUAUGUAUUAAUAUGUAUAUUAUUAUACAUAAAAUGUUGCCAAGAGGCUACCAAACCGUGUCCGAGGGAUUUAAACGUAUGCAUUUACAUCGCGUAUUUACAUACGUAAGAUUUAAUCUAAUAUGGCGACGAGAGUAUGUUAAAAUGUGUACAUAGCUUUAAUGUAUUUGUCAUUAAAGAAAGAGAGAGAAAAAAAGAAAAAAGAGAGAUAAAAGGGGAGAAGAGGGGAAAGGUUCGAUAAAUAUAUGUAAAGAGAGAAAAAAGAGAGAAAGAGAAUGUGAUUAAAAUGGAAAAUAUUUUUGAAAAAAGGCAUCGACAAAAAAAAUGAUAUUUUAAAUGGCCAGCAGAAUCCAAUCGCACAGGACUUACGAACCGAAAAGAUUCUCUUAUAACUAACGUCGAAUCGAUACCGUCCUUGGCUUCCAGGAAUGGCGUUGGAUGUUAAGAAGAAAGAUAGAAAGAGAGAAUAUAAAAGGGAGAUGUGAAAAAAAAA